GAAAAAUUCUGGCAUUUUCUGAAGUCGUAGGACUGAUUAUAGUAGUAUUAGUAAGGAAUUUGAAAAGAACACUGAUCACUAUUGUGAAAUUGACAUGGAAGAUUCCGAAUAUGGACAAUAUUUUAGCAACUUAGAGCGGUUUCGUUAUCAUCCUGGUGGUGAUGCUGAUGAUGAUGAGGAGUUAAAGAAUCCUGAGUAUAAUUGUUUCAUUGAGAAUUUAAAACAGAAUGAGAAUGGGGAAUCAUACUCGGUUGAAUUUGCAAUUAAUUCUGAUAUCUCAAUUGUACUUAGGUAUUAGGAAGAGGAAGAGGAAGAGAAAGAAGAGUCUUUUGAGAAUGUGGAUGGACAGAGGAAUUUUAUGAGUAAUUCGAAAAGAGAAAAGGCUAAGGUUCUGGAAAAUUCAGGUGGCUUUUCGGGGAAAGCAAGAGCUAAUAUACUGAAAACUAGAAAGAAAUCUUUGGAGAUGGGAGAUAAAGAGGGCAAGAAAAGUUUAGGAGAUGUUCCUGGUCAGAAAAGAAAGAGAGAUGAUGAAAACGAACUAGAAGAGGGAGCUGAGGCUGAUCCAGUUUCUUGUAAAUCAAGUGCAGGAUCUUCGAAGUUGAUGAAUUGUGUUGUGAAAGCUGAAAACCAGCCUGAGGUUCCAGAUUCCACAUCAAAAAAUGAUGGAAGUUGUCCUGAAGUAGAAGUAUUUACAUUGGAUAAUAUGCCUUUACUUGAAGGAGAUUAUAUGCCAUUUGUACCAUCAAAAUGCUUUGCUGGUGAAGGUUGUGGGGAUGGUAUCAGAGAUUCUAGUCCGUCUCAGUUCAGGGAGAAGCUCAUGGAUCUUCUUAAAAUUCCUUAUAACAGAAAGGAGCUUGAUAAUCUUCGGCGAGAAGUAACCAAAAGAAAACCAGUGCAGGGUGUUAAAGAGUAACUCCAUGGAAGAAUGAAAUCGUAUUCAACCAAAACUAAAGGAAAAUCAUACCUCGAUUGAUACCAAGGUAAGUUUGAUUUCUCCAAAUUUUUUGUUUCAUUUUAUUUAUUAUAAAGAUGUAAAUUAAAUUUAUGAUCUGUUUUAGUAACUGAGAUCAGUGCCACUUUCUGACAGAAUUUGUUAUAGGUAGUACAGUUUUGUUGAAAUGAUUCUACAAUGUUUCCAAACAAGAAGCAAAUAUUGAAAGGAAAGAUUGACGCACAUGUU